CAGUCUGGCAGCCCAAGGGGCACGACAAUACGUCUAAUAAGCCAUUUCUCAAAAGUAGAAGAUCGUUCUGUUCUUAUUUUCUGUAACUAGGUACAAAUGUUUCCUACACAAUUCAUCGUGAAGCCCAUUUAGUCGGAAAUCUAUCAGUGGGCAGCGGAAUCAUACCACACAAUAUUACCCUGAAUGCAAGCAUGGUGGAGAAGCUCGGUCAUGGCUGCCACAACUUCACCUUAGCUGCAUCUAACAGGGUCACAACCCGCACGGUGUCUGCUCAUCUAGAGCUGUGUCUGCUGCAUCCCGUUGAAGGCCUGCAGGCCUCUGUGAUUGCGGAGGAAGACGUAUGUCCUGACUCCGGUGAUCUCAUCAUUAACAUUUCACUGGAGCGAGGAGCCCCUGUGGAGCUGCUCUUCACACUCACUGGAGCUGAGGACACUCUGUCGGAGAGCAGAGACAUGCUCGCUGAUGGCUUGCAAACUUACACAUUCUCCAGCCCACUUAAAGGAUCUUUGCAAGUGAACGUAAGAGCCACCAAUGGCCUUUCAUCCUCUGAUGUCGAUGUGGACUUAGACAAGAUUCUUGAGGCUUGCCAGAAUUACUCUGACUUUUCACUGGACAUCGAUGAACAUACAGCAGAUAAUGUGAGUGACAGUGACUCUGGUGACUUAAAAAUAAUUGCUACUCCUGACACUUUGGUUGACUACACUCAGAGGGUUACACUGACAGUAACUGGAACGGAAUCACUGCCUAGCAAAGAACUGGCAUACGAAUGGGAAUGCAGAGGAGAUUGCAAAUGCAAAAACAAAGCAAUGGAUGAAACUCAUGUGAUUGAACGAGACUGCCUCCCAGAUCCAUUUGAAAUGUUCAAAUACAUUUUAAGAGUGAAGAGAAGGACUUGGUUUAGGAAAUGGGCUGAACUUGGAACAGCUUCUAAAUGUGUCUCUGUUGUUCCUUCAAAAGAACUCACAGAUGUCACCAUCAGCUGUGAUAAUUGUGCUUCAAUAAAUGUGAAUGACCAGGCAAAGCUAAGACUGAGCUGUGUGACGACUUGCCCGCCUGUAGUUUGGUAUAUUGAGGACCUUAAACCUUUGACAGGUAGCCUCGGUAGAUGCUACUCCAAAGCGGGAAGACAGCCCCCUACGGAGAAGCACGAUGGCAGCACUGAAUAUACCGUUCACAGCCAAUAUCUAAAAGUCUCAAGGGACAUGCAGCAAAACAUCACUGUAAUUGCUUAUGACAAGAAGGAGCCCGGUUUUGUCAAAUACACACUUCCUAUACCAGACCCCGAGCCAACUGAACCACCUACAAACCUAGUAUUCACAACUGAUGCACCGAUGGAUCCCUCAGUGCCCUCAUGUAGCAUCUCCCCACCGUCAGGAACUGUGCUCGAUGCUUAUGACAUUACCUGCAAAACAACUUCUUUCUGCUCUACAGGCUGUCUCUAUUGCUUCAAGACCAGCACAGGCACACAUCUACGAUGCAGUACUUCAAAUGAGGUGAGGUCACUCUUCCUGCCUCUCGGAGAUGCCAACAACAAGUACAGUUUGUCUGUUGUGGUGACUGUGAAAAAUGAACGAAAAACAGCAAUUUCAACUGUCGUCACUCAGGUACGGAAAAGUGACUCCAGUGCCUCCGUUAGCACUCUCCAGUCUGCAGUGGAGGACUCUGUGAGUCAGUUAGAGCAGCAAGGUCUGCUCACUGGUGAGGCGCUUGGACAAAUAUUUGCUUCCGUUUCCGAUAUGCUGAAUAUAGUGAGUGGCCAACAUCAGAAGGACGAGCGGUCAAAGCUGAGAGAGCAAAUGCUGACCAGAAUGAGUACAGUUCUGCAGGACUGCCCCAGCAACACGACUCAGGAAGUGCAAGUGACCGCCAGAGCUGUGGCUGGACUCACGCAGCGCUCAGAGGAGCUCAGUCCUGCUGCUCAAGAAGAAGCGGGUUCUCUGCUGGUAGACCUCAGCUCCUCCCUCAACAGUAUCAGCAUCAAUCAGCAGAGCACAGAUGAUGUAGAACUGGUGCAAGCAGCUGCACCCAUAGUUGAAGCAGCCAGUAAUAUUUUGAAUGUUUCAUCAAAUAAAAAGGUCUCAGAGUUUCUUCUGACUGGGAUAAAUAAUGUCCAGAGUGCUCUCCUGAAUAACAAAGAGCUGAACGGAGAGCCUGCCAUCAUUGACUCUGGUCAAAUCAGUGUGUAUGUGAACAGGAUUUCUCCAAAAAGCAUGCAAAUGCUGGAUAUAAAUGCUCAGAAGAACAGCUCCUCAAGCUUUUCCUUCCCUGCUCUUCCUCCUCAUAUUGUCUCUCCAGAUGAGCCAGUGGACGUCAGAAUGAUGAGUUUUGAGAAGAAUCCAUAUUCUUGGAAGGAGGAGAACAUCACAGGAACUGUGGGAUCCGUUUCCCUCACCAGAGUGAAUGGCAACGUCAUACCUGUUGAGAACUUACCUGAAGAGAUAGAGAUUCUCCUACCCCGGCUUGACAGUGGACAGGAGAACAGCACAGUCCUGGACCUCGCCAAUUUCAGCACAUUAAUAAUUGACGUUCCCUCUCCGGAUGUAACACUGGUGCUGAAAAUUGAUCCUUCUGAAGACAUUUCCGUCAUGCUCUUCCUGGGAUAUAAAGAUUAUCCAAGUGAUAAGAAUUAUGUAGCCAAGACAAAGAUCCCUAUAGAGAACGCAAGAGAAGAAGAACAAUUUACUUGGGUGCUGAGUCCCAAAGACAGAACAGAAGAUGUUGGUGUGCACUACCUUGUUAUAAAGCCCAUUGUAGAGCCAGGAAUCAAAUCCAUCAACACCAGUGUCACUGUCGUCUCCAUUGCUGCCCAGUGCAAAUACUGGAAUGAAACUGGGUCUUUUUGGAGUGAGGAUGGCUGCAGGGUUGGUCCACUCACCACACCUUUGGUCACUCAGUGUCUCUGUAACCACUUGACUUUCUUUGGCAGCUCCUUCUUUGUCAUGCCUAACUUGGUGGAUGUGUCACGCACCGCUGAACUUUUCGCUACAUUCACAAACAACCCCGUGGUGGUGUGUUUUGUCGGAGCCAUUUUUUGUGCUUAUCUAUUGGUGGUGGUAUGGGCGCGCAGGAAAGACGUGCAAGAUUCAGUCAAGGUCAAGAUAACAGUUCUUGAGGACAAUGACCCCUUGGCUCAGUAUCGUUACCUGCUGAGUAUUAACACAGGACACCGACACGGUGCAUCCACUUCCUCUCAGGUAACCAUAACUCUGCUGGGUACAGAGGGAGAAAGUGAGCCCCACCACCUGACGGACUCAGAGAAGCCUGUGUUUGAGAGAGGUGGGGGGGACAUGUUUCUGCUGACCACACACUUUUCUCUUGGAGAGCUGCAGAGCAUAAGACUGUGGCACGACAACUCAGGAGAUCACCCUGCAUGGUAUGUUAGCAAAGUGAUGGUGCAGGAUCUGGAGACUGGUCAAAAGUGGCACUUUCUCUGUAACUCCUGGCUGGCUGUAGAUAUGGAAGAGUGCACUCUCGACAAGGUAUUCCCAGUAGCAACGGAGAUGGAUCUGAAGAGAUUUAGUAAUCUGUUCUUCAUGAAGACAGCCAAGGAUUUCCGUGACGGCCACAUCUGGUUCUCUGUCAUUAGUCGACCUCCGUGCAGCACUUUCACACGUGUGCAGAGAGUGUCCUGCUGUUUUUCCCUACUGCUGUGCACCAUGCUGACCAGCAUCAUGUUCUGGGGCAUCCCCACAGACCCCUCUGAGCAGACGAUGGACCUGGGUCACAUCGAGUUUACCUGGCAACAGGUUAUGAUUGGAGUUCAAAGUUCAAUCAUCAUGUUCCCCAUCAAUCUGCUCAUCGUGAGUAUCUUCAGAAACACUCGUCCUCGAGAGAAAACCACCAAAGCAGAUUCAAAACAGGGGAAGACUGUCCGAGUUUCUCCCUCACUGACGUCGUCCCCACAGAAAGAGAUGAAGGACAUCACACCAGAUACUGUGAUGAAGGACAUAAAAAAAAUCGCUCAGUCACUCUCAAAGGCCAUGAAGAGCCCACUGCCACAUCUGGAGCUCCAUCAUGGUCAGCAUGCUGACAUCAACAGUCUGCUGUCUCUGGUGGAGGACAUCAUCAGACAGCAAAACCAAGCAGCUGAAGACUUCUACACUGAUUCUUCAAAAAAAGAUCAAGCUAUGAUCCUUAGUUUGGGUGCAGUGAAUCUGCAAGAAACCAGGGCGUGGGAGCGCUCUGAAAAAACUUUAGAUCUAGCUCAGAAGAAGAGCAACAAGAGCCGGUACCUGUACAGACAGCUGCAGCUUGUCGAGAAGGAGCUUGGUAUGUUGGGACCUUCUCAGUUUCUAAAUCCAGAAAGCUACAACCGAGCCAUGCAGCAAGUUCAUGGAAUGAAGGGGCUCCUGGAAUACCACCUACCCAUGUCAAUCCUGGAUGGAGACAAGCUCAGCUGUUUCCCCGGGCCAGAUGAGAGUCAUGCUGGGAAGAAGAAGUGCUGCCAAGGAGGGCUGCCGUGGUGGUUUGUGUUUAUCGGGUGGAUACUGGUGAUCGCAACCAGUGGCGUGUCAGGAUACUUCACUAUGAUGUAUGGGCUGACUUACGGGAAAGACCGUUCUAUAAGCUGGCUUAUCUCCAUGGUGGUCUCCUUUUUUGAGAGUCUCUUUAUCACCCAGCCUUUAAAGGUUCUUGGAUUUGCUGCUUUCUUUGCCCUCGUCCUGAAGAAAGUUGAUCAGGAGGAAUAUGAAGAACCAGCCAUAGAAGAAAGUCUCAGAAACCCAGACAAUCCUGAUGCAGUCCAGGCAGCAAGAAGAGACAGCACCUGCAGUUUCUAUAAACCGCCACCUCCCACUGAUAUCGAGAAGAUGCGGAACAACAUGAUUAAAGAGCAGAAAGUCUUUGCACUCAUACGGGAGAUUGUUGUCUAUAUGGGAUUUAUGUGGAUGUUACUCCUGGUGGCAUACGGUCAGAGGGACCCCAAUGGCUACUUUCUAACCCAACACAUUCGCAAGAGCUUCAGCAAAGGCAUCUCAGACACAAUGAGCAUUCAAGAUGUGUUCAACUGGGCAAACACGACUCUGCUGAGCAACUUGUUUGGAGAGUACCCAGGAUUUAUCACUGAUGGAAACUCAAAGCUUAUGGGCAACGCUCGUCUCCGCCAGGUGAGGGUGCAGAAAAACUCUUGCCACAUAGCUCGAUCCAUGCGGGAGUCUAUCCCGGACUGUCACACUACGUACUCAUGGGAGUUGGAGGACAUGGGCUCCUACAGCCCAGGUUGGACUCGACCUGUAGGUCAUAAUGCUUCAGCGAACAUUCACGACCCGUGGAAGUACAAGUCUCAGCGUAAACUGAGGGCCUACCCCAUCUGGGGAAAUGUAAAGCUCUACAGAGGAGGAGGAUUUGUGAUGGAUCUGGAGCCAGAUUUACAAAACUCCAGCAGAACCCUUCAGUAUCUUUAUGAGAACACCUGGUUUGACGUGUACACCCAAGCAAUCUUUGUUGAGUUCACUGUGUACAAUGCCAAUGUCAACCUCUUCUGCAUGGUCACACUCAUGCUGGAGACCACAGCAACAGGAGCUUUCCAGUUCCGCAGUGAACUUCAGACUGUGCGUCUUUACCAGUCGACCGGUGGCCUUCACAUCUUUGUCAUGGCCUCUGAAAUCAUCUACUUUCUUUUCAUCAUCUAUUACAUGUUUGUUCAGGGAAAGCUGAUGAAGAAACAGAAAUGGACUUAUUUCAAGAAUAAGUGGAACCUGCUCGAGUUGGCCAUCAUCAUUCUCAGCUGGAGCGCCCUGUGUGUUUUCAUCAAGAGGACUUUACUCGGGAACAGAGACAUGAACUAUUACCAGAACAAUAAAGAGCAAUUCGUCAGUUUCCAUGAAACAGCCAAGGCCGAUGCAGUGCUUGGAUAUCUGAUUGCCUUUCUGGUACUGCUGGCUACAGUCAAACUGUGGCACCUGCUGAGACUGAACCCCAAGCUGCACAUGAUUACAGCCACACUGCAGCGAGCUUGGACUGAUAUUUCAGGCUUCCUGGUGGUCAUGACCAUCAUGUUUCUGGCCUACUCUAUUGCUUCUAACCUGAUGUAUGGCUGGAAGCUGUACUCCUAUAGGACUCUGCUUGAUGCCGUGCAGACCAUGGUCAGCUUGCAGCUUGGUAUUUUUAACUAUGAAGAGGUACUGAACUACAAUCCAGUGCUCGGUGCUUUCCUCAUCGGGUCCUGCAUCGUGUUUAUGACCUUUGUGGUGCUGAACCUCUUCAUCUCCGUCAUUCUGGUGGCAUUUACUCAGGAGCAGAUACAUCACAAGCCAUCAGAAGAGGAUGAGAUUGUGGACCUGAUGCUAAUGAAAAUCUGCAGUUUGUUUGGAAUCAAAUGUAAGAAAGAAGGAGGAGACGGCCUGUCCGGGAGGCCAGAUACUUCCUCUGCGCCAAAUAACACAGUCUUGACUGUUUCUUCUGGGAAUAUUCGUGAUGGAUGAUAAGUGGGACAGGGAUAGAAGGUUAACAUUGUGAGACCCAUCAAAUGCUUUGCUCUAGUUCCUGCUUGCCUUCAUUAGCGUCAUUUAGUUGUCAUGUUGUUGUUGCUUUGUGACUAAAUGUUUUACCCCUUGCAAGUGUCUGUAUAAGCUUUUUUUCUGUGCUGCUGCAGAGCUGGAAACAUUGUACGAGAAGCUGAUGCACUGCAGAUGCUAGAAACUGAGGUGAUCCUUAUUUUAUUCACAUAUGAGGCACUGUAUGUAGAAAUCAGUUUGUUGUGAUAAAAGAAAUAAAUUAGCAUUUAUGUGA